CUUUGGAAGACCUAAAGAAGCACAUUUUCAUCUUACCAAGUACCAAUCAACCAUGAAGUUCAUGGUGGCGUUAGCCAUGAUGGCUGUGACCAUCUUUGGCCUCCUCAUUGACGGUCACAACUGCAAAGUUGUGCAGUUUAUAUUCGGCGACUCCCUCUCCGACGUCGGAAACAACAAGUACCUAAGCAAGAGCCUUGCCCAAGCAAGCCUGCCAUGGUAUGGGAUUGAUUUUGGCAAUGGACUGCCUAAUGGGAGGUUCUCUAAUGGCCGCACAGUUGCUGAUAUAAUAGGUGAUAGCAUGGGCCUCUCAAGGCCACCUGCCUUUCUGGAUCCAUCUUUAACUGAGGAUAUAAUUCUAGAAAAAGGAGUAAACUAUGCCUCCGGAGGUGGUGGAAUCUUGAAUGAAACUGGUGGCUACUUUAUUCAGAGGUUCUCACUCUACAAGCAAAUUGAGCUGUUUGAAGGCACACAAACACUGAUUAAAAGCCAAAUUGGAGCACAAGCAGCAGAGAAGUUCUUCCAUGAAGCUCGUUAUGUGGUCGCUUUAGGCAGCAACGACUUCAUCAACAAUUACUUGAUGCCAGUUUAUAAAGAUUCGUGGAGUUACAACGAUGAAACUUUCAUCGACUACAUAAUGGAAACCCUACAAAGACAACUCGAGCUUUUGCACAGCUUAGGGGCAAGGCAGCUGAUGGUGUUUGGGCUAGGACCAAUGGGCUGUAUCCCACUCCAAAGGGUUUUGAGUACAUCUGGAGAUUGCCAAGAUAGAACAAACAAACUAGCUCUCAGCUUCAACAAAGCUGGAAUCAAGCUAUUGGAAGACUUGUCCAGCAAGCUUCCUAACGCAAGCUACAGAUUCGGUGAGGCGUAUGAUGUGGUCAAUGAUGUGAUCAGCAAUCCAGACAAAUAUGGCUUCAGUAACGCGGACAAACCAUGCUGCUCAUUUGGAAGAAUCCGACCGGCUCUGACAUGUAUCCCUGCAUCAGUAUUGUGCAAAGACAGAAGCAAAUAUGUGUUUUGGGAUGAGUACCAUCCAUCAGAUAGUGCAAAUGAGCUAAUUGCUCGUGAGCUCAUCAAGAAAUUAGGUUUUUCGAGCGUUGAUGGAACAAACGGUCCUUCCCCUGCACCCGCCAUUGCUCCAUCACCAGAGGAAUAAAUUGUGCACUGAAACCAGCAGGGUCUGCUACUUACAAUUGCUUCCUAAAGCAACUUCUCAGUGAUCAUUAAAUAGAAUUUUCAUAUACAUAAUUGUGAACUCAA